AUGGCCACUACAGCAACAAAGUACAAGAGCUGUCCGCUCAAGAAACGGCCCAUCGUUUACGAGGAUACAACCGAAACUGAAGCAGAAACAGCAACAGUCACGGUCAGAGAUCCCAUGCAAUAUUACGCCGCAGCCGCUGCUUUCGCCACAGCCAGCAUGAUCAAGCACGAGCCACAGCCAGUUGCUGAGUACGAACUUUUGGCUGACGAGCAGCCGCAAGAUCUUUCGCUGAAACGCAAAGCCACCGACAACUUUGAGAAUUAUAUCGUGCCAGCAAAACGCGAAUACGUGCUGAACCUCUCGAAGGACGGUUACGAAGCAAAUGCGUACGAUGAGUCCUUCACCAAAGCCUAUCAACAACGUGCCAACUCGCCAACACACUCGAUCCACUCGCAACACUCCGUCGAGUUGGGUACUUGUUCGGCGUUGAUGUCACCCGUUGAACCCUACACCUCAGACUACGAAUCGGACUAUUAUCAACAAUUGCAACAGCAAACCGCACCAGCGGUCGCAAUACAUUUGCGUGGCUUGACAGCCGCUACCAGCGGUUAUACUACAAACUCGACGAACUACAAAUCCGCCUUCAUGCUAGCCGCUGGUGGCGCUGCGCCAAUGACUGCGCUUUGGAGCGCCUACCAGCCAUCCAAUGGCGGCAAUUUGAACGCGAUUUUUCCUUCGCCAGCCUCCUCGAUAGCCACCUCACCACGUUCGGUGUACUCAUAUCAUCAAAUGACACCACCAUCCAGUCCCGCUUCGGAAGCAGGCUCCGAGCCAGAGGAUCUGAGUCUACGCAAUGAUAUACCAUUGCCGGCGCUAAUGCAUCAUCAAAACGAACCGUUGUCCAGCUUUAGUUUGAACACCAAAUCAACGAAGUGUGCAACGAGUAGUGAGGCGCAAGCCGCCACAGCCGCUAACAAGGCUGCCAGUUACCGUUACAAAUGCGACAAAUGUAAUAAAAUGUACUCGACUGUUAUUGGUCUGUCGAAACAUCAGCAAUUCCAUUGCCCGGCCGCCGAGUGCAAUCAGGAUAAGAAGCAGCAUUCCUGCCACGAAUGUGGCAAGCUCUACACCACAAUUGGCGCCUUGAAGAUGCACAUACGCACACAUACUUUGCCCUGCAAGUGCCCCAUCUGCGGUAAGGCCUUCUCGCGUCCAUGGCUGCUGCAGGGUCACAUACGCACACACACCGGCGAGAAGCCCUUCCACUGCAGCGACUGCCCGCGCUCCUUUGCCGAUCGCUCCAACUUGCGCGCCCACCAGCAGACCCAUGUGGAGGUGAAGAAGUACGCCUGCAAGGUCUGCCACAAAUCCUUCUCGCGCAUGUCGCUGCUCAACAAGCACACUAGCUCCAAUUGCACCAUUACAAUUGCGUAG